GAAGAAGGUGUGAUUCCAAAUCGAUCUACCUUUGCCGUCUUCAUUCCCUCCUCACUUCAUCGCUUGGUUCAUCCACCAUCACUAUACCCUGCAACACACAACCAUGUCUGUACCUGUCACCUCUGUCACGCUCGAGUCCCUCACGGAGGCAUGCAACGCCCAACUUGGCGCCACGCACGUUGAAGGGAAGGAUAUCUCUGGUGGUUGCGGACAAAACUUUGAGAUCAUUAUAGUGUCGCCCAUGUUCGAGGGCAAGACAACGCUGCAGAAGCACCGCAUGGUGAACGAGGCAUUGAAAGAUCAAAUUGCUCUCGUGCAUGCCUUUUCUCAGAAAUCGUACACACCAGCUCAGUGGGAAGCUCUUCAGAAGUAAUAAGCUGUCAAUUCAGGCUCUGGAAUCAUACCUCACGAGGAACAUCUGUACCAAGACGGCGUCUAAUCGUGGCUAUGGGGUCCGCGAUAAGAAGCAGCAACCUCAAUAUACUUUCGCUCGAUACAGUCGCCAAUGCCAUACAGGCCACAUCUUACCAACC